CAGAUGUCACGUGAUAAUUCGUUCAGCCCCGAGAUUGCAAUUUGUCCAAGAUGCUCUACCUUCGUCUUAAAACAAUAAUAAGGUUCAAUUAACAGUGUAGCGUGUCGUAAAAUUUAAGUUGGAGAAUUUUUCCUUUUAAUCUUGUUUACCGACGACCAAUCAGGGUUCGUAAACAAUCUGGUUGAAGGCUGUCGAGCCGAAUGGAGUUGGAGAGGGGGGAGGACGGCAGUCCCUCGUCUCAGGGCAGUCCUUCCCACAAUACAGAUCUUGGGCUGACACAUCAAGAAUCAAUGCCUCCUGAGGGUUCAGUACUUCUAGAUGAACCUGUGGUUGUGGAUGAAAACGUAGUAACAAAGCUCACAGAGGGCCUUCUCUCCCACUAUCUGCCUGAUCUGCAGAACUCCAAACAAGCCCUUCAAGAACUUUCGAAAAACCAGGUGAUACUACUAGAAACCCUAGACCAGGAAGUAACCAAGUUCAGAGAGUGUAAUGCCCUGCUGAACCUCAACUCACUGUUUACAGAGGCAAAAGUUUACCACAAUAAACUGGUGAACAUACGGAAAGAGAUGAUAAUGCUCCAUGAGAAAACAACAAAACUAAAGAAAAGAGCUCUGAAGCUGCAGCAGCAGAAACAGAAGGAAGCACUGGAAAAAGAGCAGCAACGUGAAAAGGAGCUUGAGAGAGAAAGGCAGCUCAUUGCUAAACCCGCCAAAAGAACAUAGGCUCACCACUUGCAACUGCUCCAAUAACCUUGGCAUUGCCAAGCGCACCACAUACCAAAGAAAUGGACUAAAACAUUAAGUAAUGCUGUUUAUCACGCUGUCCAAUGUAUGAUGACACAUAUACAAUAGCGCCAUGUUGAGAAUGGUAAAAAAUAGAUUUUUACUAAAGAGCUUUUUGUAGCUUUCAAGUUGACCUGGAGUGGAAUUCAUAUAUUGCCUAUGCUUUGAAUUUUUACCUUUUUUUUGUGCAUCAUUAUGCACCUUAAUUCCAGGUGUAAUUUCUCAACUUGGGCUUUAUGCUCUGUUAGUGUAGAUUUAAAUUUAAUGAGCAGUCUACAUACAUUUUGUUGACUUUUUUCCUGCUGUACAGACAUUAUGGAGGUUAAAUUGCAACAUUGCCUACCAUCCACUACGAUACACUUGAGUCCAUAAUGUCUGGACUGAAGUGGGUUGGUACAAUUAGUGGUAAAGUCAACACAUAUGGGUUUUUGUAAACUGAGUUCCUGAACUAUUUAUUCUACUUUUCUUAGAGUAAUGUAUUCUAAACUUGAGAAUACUAGUGCCUGUCUCACCUAGAGCUGUGAAGCUGUAUGCUCCUGUCUGAUACAUUUCUGUACAAAAGAAGAAUGUGCUUGAGAUGUCCAAUUUCAUUGAUAAUCAACAAGAUAGAGGUCCUUAUCUGUGUCUUUACAAAUGUGUACUAAGUGUGUGUGGAAGAUGUGUCUGUCUGCAUGGUUGUAUGUGUAAUCCACUGAUCCGUAUAAUAUGGUGUGAAGUUCCACUUGCGGGGUGAUGAUGUAGAGUAUGUGACCCUGUACAAUCCACUAGAUGCCAGCAGAGACCUCCCAAAGAAGAGACUUGGUCUUGACUUCAUUGAAUGUAAAGUAGCUGCAUUGGCUAGUACCCAAAAUUCUUUACUUCUAACUUACUAAACUUAGAAAUUCCAAGAUAUUGUUCUAUGUAAUGUUAUAUGUCUUCUUAUAUGCUGUUGUUUAAUGCCUUGUAUGUUUUAUGUGAGCAUCCCAUCGGGUCAAAUUCUUUGUAUGUGCAAACUAACUUGGCUAAAUAAAAUGGUUCCUGAUUUGUG